GGCCUGAAAAACAUACGGGAGUAAACACUGGGCAUUAUUCAUCUUCCAAAAGUAUUUUCUCAUUUCUGAGUGACAGUGAAAUUCAAACACUAGGCCACUGUUUCCCCCCGCAGAUUACCAGAAAAACCCUAAUCGUGAUCAAUAAAAGAUUUAUAUUAGAAAUUUUGGUUUUCACUGUACUGUGUAUAUACAUAGAUUUUGCUUGCAUAAGGUUGAUCGGGUUUUGUAAGGUUACGGUUUCCGUAAUGAGUUCAAGGGCAAGAUAUCCACCUCCGGGAAUGGAAGGGGGCCGAGGCAGCUACGGCGGCAUUAACCCAAACCCUUUUCAUCCUAGAAAUCCUACGCAAAACGACAUGACAAGGGGCCCUGCACCGGGUAAUAUGAAUCACCAGACGUUUCAUAAUCCUCAGCAACAGCAGUGGCUCCGCAGGACUCAGUUUCCGCCACCCGAUUUAACUGUUCAUGAGGUUGAAAAGGUCAUACAGUCUGAAGCGGUUGAUUCGAGUUUGCAAGAUUGGAAGGCAAGGUUAAAGUUACCACCGACGGACACACGUUACAAAACGGAGGAUGUGACUGCUACCAAAGGAAAUGAAUUUGAAGACUACUUUUUGAAACGUGAGUUGCUUAUGGGAAUAUAUGAGAAGGGCUUUGAGAGACCAUCUCCAAUCCAAGAGGAGAGUAUUCCAAUUGCUCUCACUGGAAGUGAUAUUUUAGCUAGAGCCAAAAAUGGAACAGGGAAAACUGCUGCCUUUUGCAUUCCUGCCUUGGAGAAAAUUGAUCAAGAUAACAAUGUUAUUCAAGUUGUCAUUCUUGUCCCAACAAGAGAAUUGGCCCUUCAGACGUCACAAGUAUGUAAAGAACUUGGGAAGCACUUAAAGAUUCAGGUCAUGGUUACUACAGGUGGAACUAGCUUAAAAGAUGACAUAAUGCGUCUUCAUCAACCAGUUCAUUUACUUGUUGGAACUCCUGGAAGAAUCCUUGAUCUUACGAAAAAGGGUGUUUGUGUUUUGAAAGAUUGCUCUAUGCUUGUAAUGGAUGAGGCUGAUAAGCUUUUGUCACCAGAGUUCCAACCUUCUGUUGAGCAGUUAAUUCAUUUUAUGCCUUCAAAACGUCAGAUCUUGAUGUUUUCUGCUACCUUUCCUGUUACGGUGAAAGAUUUCAAAGAUAGGUACCUGCAGAAGCCCUAUACCAUCAACCUUAUGGAUGAGCUUACCUUAAAGGGCAUAACACAGUAUUACGCUUUUGUGGAAGAAAGACAGAAAGUUCACUGCCUCAACACACUGUUCUCAAAGCUCCAAAUAAACCAAUCUAUUAUUUUUUGCAAUUCCGUGAAUCGAGUAGAACUUCUCGCAAAGAAAAUCACAGAGAUUGGCUAUUCUUGCUUCUAUAUUCAUGCUAAGAUGCUUCAAAAUCAUCGGAACAGAGUAUUUCACGACUUUCGCAAUGGUGCCUGCAGGAAUCUCGUUUGCACUGAUCUAUUUACAAGAGGGAUUGAUAUUCAAGCAGUCAAUGUCGUUAUCAAUUUUGAUUUUCCCAAGAACUCCGAAACUUAUCUUCACAGGGUUGGUCGAUCUGGAAGGUUUGGACACCUUGGAUUAGCCGUGAACCUGAUUACUUACGAGGAUCGCUUCAAUUUGUAUAGGAUUGAACAAGAACUUGGGACAGAGAUCAAGCAGAUUCCUCCACAGAUAGAUCAGGCUAUCUACUGCCGAUAAUUUGAAAGUGGCUGUUUUGUUGCAAAGUGGCACUACUGGAAUAUCUGGCUCCCCGUUUGCAGAGGUACAAUGAUAAACGUCUGGGGGCUAUAUGAAAUUGGUCUUGAAAGAAUUAUAUCCAGCUUUUAAGGGAGACAAUGCCAUAAUUUCUUACAUUUUGGGCAUUGCAUGGUGUCCUUCAACUAUAUCAAGAUCACGAAUUUGGGAGGUACAUGUGGUGGGGAUAAAAUGCUGUUUUCGCUUUGCUAUUGCCGUCAACUCGUGUGAACCAUUUCCCCCUUUAUUUUCUGCUAUUUGGGUUGACUUGUUUAAUCAGCCAGCUCUCUGUGUUUUUUUUCUUUUAGGUGAAAAUGCCAGUUUCAACCUAAAAAAAUUGUCGUCUUAACUUCAGAUCUAUGUUGGUUAAGGAAAAUAUGUAGCUUUAGAUUGUGAAAUCAAACAUAGUUAUGUAACUGAGAACAGUUUUAUUCAGACUUCUGUGAAAUCAUGUUUCAUGCCAAUUAUGUUA